AUGCUUGCUGCGCAGCCGCCACCCAUUCAGGUGCAUGGAGCUUUGAAUUCAAUUCAGCCUUCGCAGCCAGCGUUGAAACAGCCUGAACGCCAUGCUGGAUCCAGAUUGAGCAAGUGGCCAGUAGCCUGUUUUGCGGUGGGCUUUGUGGCAGGAAAACAUCGACGAAAGGUUCGGAAGGCCUUACCAGCCUUGCCCACCACGAAAGUGAGGCCGACCGUGGACCUAUCACCCAAGCUCCAAUCUUUUCUCGAGACAGUCGAGACAGGUGGAUCCAGUGCUCCGGGCAAAGGAGGAAAUGUCUCUUUGGAAGGCAUUGCUCGGGCAGAGGCAGUUUGGAAGCGACUUCGAACACGAGCUUUGCAGCACAAUCGUGGAGAAACUUUGGACCCUGCCCCUGAGGUGGUGAAGAGAUUGAAUUGUGGUGGUCGCAAAGUGCCCAUGAAUUCGCAAUUCUUCGAUGUGGUGGUUUGUGGUGGGACCUUGGGGAUUCUGGUGGCACGAGCCCUUCAAAACCAGGGCUUCGCAGUGUGCAUCGUGGAGCGAGGGGUGGUUCAGGGCCGAGAUCAGGAGUGGAAUGUGAGCUGGGAGGAAUUGCGGCCCCUGGUGAGACAUGGCAUCGUGAGCCAAGCGGAACUGGAUGGAUCGGUGCAGUCCUCCUGGCCCAAAUCCCGCGUGGGCUUCGAGUCCUCCCAUCAUGGUGUGGAAUUCCGUGCCGGAGCUUUGAAUGCGGGGAUCUCUCCCCAAAAGUUGGUGGAAGCCGCAAGGAGGCGCUUCGAAGAGGCAGGGGGAACCAUCAUCGAAAGGACCAGCCUUCAGGCCAUGGAGAUUUAUGAUGAUGGUGUCUUCCUGCGAUUGCAGGACGAGGAAGCCAUUGGAGCGCGCUUGGUGGUGGAUGCCAUGGGGGCUGGCUCGCCCAUUGUUCAGCAGGCCAGGAAGGGUGCACCCCCUGAUGCGGCGUGCUUGGUGGUUGGGACCAUGGCCAGUGGAUAUCCCAAGGAAGCGAAUGUUGAUGGCGACUACUUGUACUCUGCCUCGGCCGAAGGGAGCCUGGGACAUCAAGGUUUCUGGGAAGCCUUUCCCUCGGAAAAUGGUGGUGUGGAUGGAACUGAACGCACCACCUAUUACUUUACCUAUGUCUUGCCGGGCGAGGAAAAUCUUCCCUCCAUUCCAGAUGUCUUUGAGGAGUAUGUUGAAGCUUUGCCUGGCUAUCAACAGUGUUCCUUGGAGAAGCUGCGUGUGAAGCGAGCUCUUUGUGCCAGUUUUGUCGCCUUCAGGGACUCGCCGUUGCAGACACCUUUCGAUCGCAUCCUUCAGGUGGGUGAUGCGGCGGGAAUCCAAUCGCCACUGUCUUUUGGAGGCUUCGGCGCCCUGUGCCGACACCUGCCACGGCUAGAAAGUGCCAUCUCAGAGGCUCUGAGGCAUGACUUGCUGUCUUCAGAGCAUCUGAGUCAAAUCAAUCCCUACUUCCCAAAUCUUGCGAUGCAAUGGUCCAUGUAUCGCUCCAUUGCCAAACCCCCAGAGGGUGAGCCGGAGUUUGUGAACAGAAUGAUGGGAGGCAUUUUGAGCGCUGCCGAAAGGUGUGGGCCCAAUGUCAUGAUGCCAAUACUUCAAGAUGUCUUUACCCUCUCUGCUCUGGGGCCAACUUUAGCUUCUUGGAUGGCCAGGGACCCUUUAAUCAUUCCGCUCUUCGUGAAGAGUAUGGGACCAGAAAAUGUGCUGUCCGCCAUUGGCCACUUGGGCAAUCUGGCGAAGUACACAGCUCUUUCUUCACUGGAGCCCCUGCUGGCCGCUGCAUUGGAUGUGGAAGGUCUAGCUCCCGCAGAGCGGUUUCGGUGGCAUCGGCGAUUUGACGCCUGGAAAUAUGGUAGCGGUCUUGACUACGAGAGUCACAAGCCUGUUGGCUCUAUGGACGACUUGUAUCGAGUCUUGUCUUUGCGCCCGCCUGACACUCCUUUGAAAGUGCGAGUUCUACGACCUCUUCCUGGUCUCUUCAAAAGCUUGGAGGUGACCGUGAUCGUGGAGGAAGACCGCAAGCUGCUUCAGGGCGCCGCGAAUCAGCCUCGUUUGGUUCAGCAUACAGUACGACCAAUGAGUGACUUUAAAUUAUACUGA